AUGUACGUCGAACAGCAAAGCAAUCAAGGAAGAAUGGAAAAAACACACCAGAACAAAAAAUCAAACUUCGCCAUGUCUAAAAAUAUUUUUAACAGCAUUUUCUCAUCAAAAGAUAAAUCAAGUAGCAAGCAACACUCCAGCCUCAUGUCGACAUCUCUGGUUGAAUCGACAUCAAGGAACGAAAUUAAAUCAUCGACAAAUAAGACUGAAUUCACUGAAAUCCUUCAAAAUAAUUACUGCCACGCUCACAGCAGUAGUUACAACAACAACAGCAACACAAACGCGAAGAGGCCUCUCGUUGAAAACAAUGAAAAUAAAUUUGUGAAAGUUUCUGGGGAUAAAAUUGUUAUAUCCAUGCAUGCAACACGUCAUAACAACAUCAACAACAACAACAUCAACGACAAGAUCAACAGCAUGGACCACAAUGGAAAUUACUGCAAUCCAUCGUUACACGACUCAAACAACAUCAAUAGCAUUAACCCAAAUUACACUAAUAAUAUCAACAUCAGAAACAGUUGUAACAAUAAUGACAAUAAAAUGAACCACGCAACAUGCAACAACAACAUCAACAACGACAAUACAGACAUAUUUAAUAACGUAACCACCAACAAAAACAACAAGCCAACAUUGAAACAUCAUUCUUCCUUUUCAAACAAACCGCAAAGCAGUCGGAUGAGGAAGUGCUACAGCAACGACAUCAUGGAGUUUCUCAACAGGAGCCAACAACAACCACAGCAAUUUCAACAACAACAACUACAUCAACAAACGGUUGUUCAGGAUAGCUGGCGCUCUGGAUCUCCUCCAAAGUUGCUACCGCGAACUAAAACCACUGGUGGCGAUGGCAGAACAACAGACCGCCUCAAAUUUUGGGAACAACAAAAAAACAACAAAUCAUUAAACUUGCCGCAAUAUCUUUUUACACACAAAAAAUCAGAGUUAUGGUCGGUGUUGACUGCUGAGAUCUAUCUUCACACCAUCUAA